CGUGGACGAGCGGGGGCCCUGAAGACGCCGGGACUGGUCAUGUGACCCAGCCCCUAGCUUCCCGCAGGGAUGGAGCCGGAAGAGGGGACGCCCUUGUGGCUGCUGCAGAAGCUUCCCGCGGAGCGGGGCUUGCAGCUUCUUCACAAAGUAAUUGAUGGCAUUUGUGGCCGGACUUAUCCUCUCUACCAGGAUUAUCACAGUGUUUGGGAUUCAACAGAAUGGAUGCAUGUUCUAGAAGACAUUACCACCUUUUUCAAAGCUGUAGUUGGUAAAAAUUUAUCUGAUGAAGAGAUAGCUCAACAGUUGAAUCAGUUGAAUUCAUCUCAUCAAGAAGCUAUCAUGAAAUGCUUAAAAAGCAGGAAAGAUGAAAUCAAGCAGACUCUGUUGGAAGAAAUAGUUGAUAUUUCCUCUGCACAACUACAGGAUUUUGAUUGGCAGUUAAAGCUUGCACUUUCUAGUGACAAGAUUGCUUCGUUACAAAUGCCACUUUUAAGCCUUCAUCUAGAUGUAAAAGAAAAUGGUGAAGUCAAGCCAUAUUCUGUUGAAAUGAGUAAAGAAGAGCUGCAGAAUCUAAUAAACUCCUUGGAAGCAGCUAAUAAGGUGGUCCUGCAGUUGAAAUAGCUGGAAAUGAUGACUGCCAACAUUAUCAGAUUCCCCUGGUACAACUGAUGCACAGAGAGAAUGCCACGUGUUCACAGAAGCUGAAUGGCCAGCUGAGAAGGCGGCAGUGUUGAGGUUACAAAGACAACAAUUGAUCAGCAUCCCUAAAGAAAAGGAGAUUUUAUGGUUGACAGGAAAUGCAUGAAAACAUGAAAGAUGAAAAGGCUGUAAACACAGUUUAUAUUUUCAUAAUGGCUUUGCUUCAUUUAUUAACUAUUUGAAAAGGCUUUAUAGAUACAGUUUUAUGGUAAGCUAAAAAUAGACUCUAAAGUAAUGUAAACAUACAAGCACAAAUAUACUUGACUAUUGCUUAAAGAACUAUGUGAAUAGCAAGGAUGUUUAUUAUGGAUAUAUGUGGUGGUUCACUUGUGAUAUUUUUUAAAAAUAAUUUUUAAAGGAUGUAUAAGCUGCAUUUAACUCAGGAGAUCCCAUGCUUUUCUCAUAUUUCAAAGGAAAAGUUAUAAAGUGUAAACUUUUAUAGAGAAGCUCUCCAGACUUUAACUAGAAGGAAAAAAAAAAAAACUAAAUCUGAGUGAACAAUUUUGAAUUUUGAAUUCUAGGAACGAAAAUAUUAUAUUUGAGCAUAGAUAAAAGUGAAAACAACACUGUUACUUCUGCAUUUCUGUGUCUAUUCAGGAGACUAUGCUCUGAUAAAAAAUAUGUGUCACUGUAUAGUGUGUACCUUAUUACUCCAAUAUCUGCUGAGACUAUAUAGGUCCCUAUUUAUUGUAAAUUCUUAAUUUGUUGUCAACUUAAUGGAGUUCUGGAUGGUAACAACUUCAUUGGAAAGCAAACCAUUUUUAAUUUCAGUGACCUUUAGAAACAGGCAUUCUGAGCAAAUAAAAAUAUAUUUAUGUUUUGCUGUAUUUUCAAAUUAAUUCCUUCAUAAUGCAGUAUGAUGCAUCAUUGGUACCUGCUGUUUUGCAAGCUUUAUAUCUCCUUAGAGCAUCAGACUGUUACUUGAGGUGUCCAGAGCAAUCCCUGUUAUUCUUAUACAGAUGAGUAUAUAGGUUUAGGGAGAUUGAUAAAUGUGACUGAGGUCUAGAUAAUGCCACUCUGUGAACUGUUUGUUACAGCUUGGUGAUUAGAUGUGGAGUUUGUGUUAGAAUGUUCUUCAAUAUACUGCUUUUUUCACUUGAGAAAUUUUGGCCAUAAAAAAAAAAAAAAUCAGCUGAACUAACCAGUGUGCUUAGGGAGGUGUAGUAGUUGGUUUACCUUCUUGUGCAAAUUCCUUAUGUUGUUGUGUACCAGUAACAGUGGAGAAGGAACAGGCAAUCCACUCCAGUGUUCUUGCCUGGAGAAUCCCAUGGACAGAGGAGCCUGGUGGGCUUCAGUCCAUGGGGUCACAAAAGCCGGAUACGACUUAGGGACUGAAGCACCACCACCACCAGUAACAGCUUGCAGACAGGCACUUCCAAUAAUACUGGCUGAUCUGGGGUCCUUCUGAAUUUCAGAGCUCCACACAGUCCUUCCUUUGAGAAGGAAAAAACCUUACUCUUCUUAGUCUUUCUCUCACUACAUUAUCACUAGAUUAGCAGACUUAAAUACUUUAUUGAAAUAUGACUGAAAUAAACUACACAUGUUUAAAGUGGACAGUCGGAGCAGUUUUCACAUGUACAUACCCAGGAAAGCUUCUGGAGUAGGAAAUGGCAGCCCACUCCAGUAUUCUUGCCUAGGAAAUAUGACGGGCAGAGGAAGCUGGUGGCUGCAGUCCACAGGGCUGCAAAGAGUUGGAGACGACAGAGCACCUGAGCACGGGAAAGCAUCGCGUCAAUCGGGAUGGUGAGCAGAGAGUCACUCCUGAGUGUCCUGCUUCACUGUGAUCCUUGCUUCUUGCCCGCUUUGCUCCCAGACAGCCACUGAUCUGCCUCCUGCCACUGUAGAUUAGUUCACAUUUUCCCAGAGUUUAAGUGGAAUCCUACAGCAUGUUCUUUUUGUGUGUAAUCUGGCUUCUUUCAUUACUGAGUUCAUCCAUAUUACAACACUUAUCAGUAGUUGGUUUCCACUUUAUUGUUGAGAACUAUUCUGUUGUAGAAUCCCACCAUCAUUUGUUUUAUCUCUUCACCUGUUAAUGGAUAUUUUGGUUGUUUACAAUUUUUGGCUGUUAAAAUACACGGAAUGCUGUGAA